AUGGUCACUAUGGACUCCCAGAGCAGAUCUAGUCAAGUUGCAGGGGAUGGGCUCAACGGAGCUUCACGCCACAGUCGGCCUCGACCUCCAGUGUCUGGCACAGCCUCGCCGCGUUCGGCCACCAGUCGAACAUCAUCAGCCCAGCAGCUGCACGACGCUGUUCAGGACGAGUAUACCUCGCAAGACACUCCAAAUCGCUAUGUGAAGACACCAGUCCCAGAUGGCUCAACCUCUGGGCGCCUCUUUCACCCUGAAGCAUCUCUUGUCCUGGUUGGAAUCAGGGCGUCUGGAAAGCGAUCCCUGGGUCUCAUUGCUGCCACUGCUCUUGGACGGCGCUUCGUCACCGAAGACCAUUAUUUCCAGACUCUCAACGGUCUUUCGAGACAAGACUAUCUCAAAAUCCACGGCAGUGAGCAAUUCCAUCGGCAAGAUAUUGAGACUUCCAAGCGAAUGCUGGAGGACAACAAGUACCGAUGCGUCAUCGACUGCGGUCUCGGAAGCCUCACAAGCGGACUUCAAGAAUACUUGAGACUCUUCAGCCGGACAAAUCCGGUGGUGUUCGUGCUCAGAGACAUGGACCAGAUCAAAGCAAUUCUCAACCUGGACGAUCGAGCUGCAAAGUUGCUUGAACAGGGUAAUUUCACACAUCGAAAAUGCUCCAAUUUCGAAUUCUAUAAUCUGGAAGAUGAUUCUAUGCACGGCUCUGCUGAUACAGAAAUGGCAGACCGCGCAUCUCCAAACUACUCCUUUAAACUCAGAAGUGCUCAGGCCGAUUUUUCGUCUUUUGUUCGAUUUAUUACUGGUUGUUCCUUGACUGAACCGACCUUGCUAUCUCCGUUCUCUCUGGAUGGCCCCGUCGAAUUGCGGUCGUACACUCACGCACUGCUCAUAAGGGCUUCAGACUUUGCCGACGGGCGAGUGGAUUUUGGCGCUCUUGAAGCUGCUGGCGACGUCUUGGAGAUUUAUGUUGACCAGUGGCAGUCGAAUACGACCAGAGUGCUGAGCAAGAUGGUGGCAACUGCUCGGAGAACGUUGGCCGUACCUAUUCUCAUGUCAGCCAGUCGCGGACUAUCUGAAUCCCAGACGAUGGAGACUUAUAUGGCGGUCCUAUUGCAAGGACUUCGACUCGGAGUGCAGUUCAUCUCCGUUGAUCUUGACCUAGACACCAGCCAGAUUGACCGUCUCAGAGCCGUCAAAGGCUAUACUAAACUGAUUGGCAACUAUACCAACUAUGUCUCAAAGGAGAAUGGCUGGAAGGACAUAAAACUGCGAAAUUCGUACAACAGAGCACUUGAUCUCAAGUUUGAUAUGGUCCGUCUUCUCAAUGUUCCCACGUCUCGCCAGGAGAAUGACGCAGCGAUAUGGUUCGCCGAACAACUGAAAGACGUUCCCGGACCUCGACUUAUUGCAAUAAUAUACAAUGUCGGAUUCCUGGGUCGGACAUCCCAGAUAAUGAACCCUGUGUUGACAACGGUUACUCAUCCCAGUCUCCCCGAGGGCAAAACAGGUCGUGAAUAUAGCUUCCGGCCUCUACUAUCCUCCAGGCAGAUCGUCAGCGCUCUUUUUGACAGUUACGUCUUCGAUUCUCUCCAAUUCUAUAUCGUCGGAGCCAACGUCUCGGCAUCUUUGUCACCGGCAAUGCACAAUGCUGCUUACAACCUCCUUGGCCUGAAACACCGCUAUAGCACGAAACCCAUCAACACCUGGGAGGAUAUUGAAAUUCUUGCGCGGGAUGACGCUUUAGGGGGUUUAAGUGUGGUACAACCAUACAAGGUCAAGCUGGUUCCUCAUAUGCAUUCGCUUAGCGGAAACGCCAAAGCUAUUGGGGCCGUCAACACACUGAUUCCUCUGCGGCAACAAGCUGCAGGCCUCACCCCAUCACUAGACAUACAAGCCCAGCUGAGGAAUCGUGCAGGGAAAAUCAUCGGCUGGUUCGGGGACAACACUGAUUUCAUAGGCAUAAUGAACUGUGUCAGCCGAAGCCUAUCUCCACGCAAUGCAAUCCAGCCGAAGACUACCAGCCUCGUGAUUGGUGCUGGAGGUAUGGCGAGAGCUGCGGUAUAUGCCAUGCUGCAGAUAGGCUGCAAACACAUAUUUGUAUACAACAGAACUGUCUCAAAUACCCGAGCUCUCGCCCGGCACUUCAAUGACUGGGCUCGGUCUCAGACAAACGGGCUCGUAUCAGCGAAUGUCCAAGAACCAGUCAAAGUCAUUGAACGUACUAGCGACCCUUGGCCUCCAGAGUUUGCGCCUCCGACUAUCGUGGUGUCAUGUGUUACUCACGAGCUGCUAGAUGGGAAUCCAGGCGCAGAUUUUGAGAUGCCAGAGCAGUGGAUGCAAUCACCAAGUGGUGGUGUUGUCGUUGAAAUGGCAUACAUGACCAAGGAGACACCACUGAUCAGGCAGAUCAAGAGAUUUCGAGCGUCAACGCAAAGACCCUGGGUUCUGAUUGAUGGUAUCGAAGCCCUGAUCGAGCAAGCUGUCGGUCAAUUCGAAUCAAUGACUGGAAGGAAAGCGCCUAAGCGCUGCAUGGCAGAGGCCGCCCAUGCGUCAAUUCAGAAGAACACGUCCUAUCUGAUCGACGGGGAGGAGUUUUUCACAUAG